GUCCUUUUUUGUUUUUCAUUCGGCGACUUCCCCAGAUUCAGCUCUACCAAGCUCUUCUUCUCUCUAGCUAGCUACUCUCUACUUAGCUAAGAGUAUAUCCUGCUACUCUACUGUCUACUACCUAGCUACAUCCAUGACACACACCCUCCCCUACGAAAUCAUCGCGCAAAUCGUACAAGAGGCACACACACAGCGCGACGACACCUACGCACGCCUACGCCUCCUGCGCACACUCAGACAGGUCGCCACCGUCACCGACCACCUCACCCUCAAACACCUCUACCAAAGCGUACCCUUCAGCGGGCCACAUGCCUUUCACCGCUUUCUCGAAGAACUCAGGCGAUUCCCUGCUCGCGGCUUGCAUGUCAAGGAACUCGAUUUCAGCGCCUUCACCAGCGUAGGCCUAGGCAGGUCGCGCAACUGCAACAAGCACUUCACCAUGCUCACCUCUGCCACAUUGCGCGAAUGCCUCUUGCUCUGUCCAAACAUCGAGCGCGUCUUCCUCUCAGAGGCAGUGGAGAAUGAUAUGGACGCUACCGUCAUGCAUACCCUAUUCAAUGCACUCCCAAAGCUCACGACGCUCGACUUUUGCGGCGCAGACGCACCGAGCUUUGUUGCAGCCAUGGUAGCAAGUGGAGCAGGCGGCCCAUUGAACGUGCGCCACUUGUCGCUCCACAACUGCAGCACCCUGCCGUCAACCUUCUUUGACGACUUUUUGCCGCGUUUGACACAGGUGGAGCAACUCGAUCUCUACAACACAAAAGUAUCGGGUACCGCUCUACGCUCUCUGCCUGUUACUGCUAGCCUGCACGGUCUCGUACUCAGCCAGUGCGUGCAUGUCGCAGCCGCAGAUUUGACGGCUUUUAUCAUGGAGCAUGCAGCAAGCACACAACUCGAACGCUUUGAUUUGCACUUUUCUUGGAACAAGACGCAUCCCUUCGAAACACACCCAACAGAGCUCGACUUGUUUUGUGCGCACCUGCCACGCCAGUUGACGUCGUUGAAUGUGAGUGGUGUGGAGCUGACGACGGAUCAUUUGACACUCUUACCGCAAGGCUUGAUGGAAUUGGGUGCGCAUGAUAUCGAAUUGACGGGGGAAGUGGCUGCGCGAUUACCCAAGCUUGAAUACCUACUGCUCAGCACAAAUGUCAUUUCAUCGGAAGUGACAUUUGCCAAUAUUCUCACAACGCUCUUCCCGCGCCUCGCACUGCUGGAGUGUCCUGGUUUUGCAAGACUCCAUAUUGCUUCUUCCUUGCAGUGGGAGAAGAUUGAGGGACGCGGUCGACGUGAUUGGCUGCGUCGUCGCGGUGUACAGGUGACGAUUGAGGGAGCUCGACAGCAGUGGCAUGCUCGGAAACUCAAUUUGGCUGGGUAUGCACCGCGUGGGUUGUAUGAGUACUAUGCAUACCGCAUUUGAUGGUCAGGAUUGACUUUGUCUGUCUUGCAUAGCCUGUCUAUAGUACAGUAUCAGUACUAGUUCUUCCUGUAUCU